AUGGACCCCCAGAGCGACGCAGGGGGAGGCCCGGGGUGCCCGCGGCCCCCCGCGGGGGCCGUGCCCGCGCUAUAUCGGCUGCCGCUGGCUCCUCGUCGGAGCCGCCCUCCCGUUUACAAGGGGGACGGGUGUUUCUCUGCAGAGGGGGGGUCUGGCUGCGAGCCCUCGCUGGAGCUCCUGUCCCGCGCCCAGCUCCACGCUGCCCUCCCCGCCCCAGUGGCCCUCAAGCAGCAGCAGCAGCUCCAGAAGCAGCUGCUCUUCGCCGAGUUCCAGAAGCAGCACGAGCACCUCACCCGCCAGCACGAGGUCCAGCUCCAGAAGCACCUCAAGCAGCCCGGCGGCCCGGGGCCACCCCCAUCCUACAAACUCCCCCUCCUCGGCACCUACGACAGCCGGGAUGAUUUCCCGCUCCGCAAAACCGCCUCCGAACCCAACCUGAAAGUGCGCUCGCGGUUAAAACAGAAGGUAGCGGAGAGGAGGAGCAGUCCCCUGCUGCGGAGGAAGGACGGCACUGUCAUCAGCACCUUCAAGAAGCGAGCCAUCGAGAUCACGGGCGCCGGCCCCGCAGUGUCCUCGGUGUGCAGCAGCGCCCCGGGCUCCGGGCCCAGCUCCCCCAACAGCUCCCACAGCGCCAUCGCCGAGAACGGCUUCACCGGCUCCGUCCCCAACAUCCACGCCGAGCUCCUGCCCCAGCACCGAGCCCUCACCCUUGACGGCGCCAGCCAGCUCAGCCUCUACACGUCCCCGUCCCUGCCCAACAUCUCCCUGGGGCUGCAGGCCACCGUCACCGUCACCAACUCCCACCUCAACGCGUCCCCCAAGCUGUCGCCGCAGGCGGAGGCCGAGCGCCCGGCGGUGGCCGCCCUGCGCCCCGGGGCCGCCCUCACCGGCAAGUUCCUGAGCACCUCCUCCAUCCCGGGCUGCCUGCUGGGGGUGGCCCUGGAGGGGGACCCCCCUGCCGGCCCCGCGUCCCUGCUGCAGCACGUCCUGCUGCUGGAGCAAGCACGCCAGCAGAGCACCCUCAUCGCCGUGCCGCUGCACGGGCAGUCACCGCUGGUGACGGGGGAGCGUGCGGGGAGCGUGCGGACGGUGAGCAAGCUGCCGCGGCACCGGCCCCUGAGCCGCACGCAGUCGUCCCCGCUGCCCCAGAGCCCCCAGGCCCUGCCCCACGGCGCUCUGCCCCACGGUGCCCUCCAACACCACUUCCUCGACAAGCAGCAGGUCCAGCUGGGCAAGGAGGAGCCAGGUGACAGCGGGGACGAGGCAGAGGCCCCUGGGGUCCCCGACGUCACCGAGCUGGGGGUCACCUACAAGCAGGUGUUCCCCGAGGCGCCGCUGCAGCUGUACCCCGCUCCCGCCCUGGGCAUCCUGGCGCUGCCCCACCCGGCCCUCGCCCGCACCCAGUCGUCCCCUGCCAGCGCCGGCGUCAAGCCCCCUGCGCCCGAUGGGCCCCCCAAGCACCUCUUCACCACAGGCGUGGUGUACGACACGUUCAUGCUGAAGCACCAGUGCACCUGCGGGAACACCAACAUCCACCCCGAGCACGCCGGCCGCAUCCAGAGCAUCUGGUCCCGUCUGCAGGAGACCGGCCUCCUCGGCAAGUGCGAGCGCAUCCGGGGCAGGAAGGCGACGCUGGAGGAGAUCCAGACAGUGCACUCGGAGCACCACACGCUGCUCUACGGCACCAGCCCCCUCAACCGCCAGAAGCUCGACAGCAAGAAGCUCCUGGGUCCCAUCAGCCAGAAGAUGUACGCGGUGCUGCCGUGCGGAGGUAUCGGGGUGGACAGUGACACGGUGUGGAACGAGAUGCACUCGUCCAGUGCCGUGCGCAUGGCGGUGGGCUGCCUGGUGGAGCUCGCCUUCAAGGUGGCCGCCGGGGAGAUCAAGAACGGCUUCGCCGUCAUCCGCCCCCCGGGACACCACGCGGAGGAGUCCACGGCCAUGGGCUUCUGCUUCUUCAACUCGGUGGCCAUCUCGGCCAAACUGCUCCAGCAGAAGCUCAGCGUGGGCAGGAUCCUCAUCGUGGACUGGGACAUCCACCACGGGAACGGGACCCAGCAAGCCUUCUACAGUGACCCCGACGUCCUCUACAUCUCCCUCCACCGCUACGACGACGGCAAUUUCUUCCCGGGCAGCGGGGCGCCCGAGGAGGUCGGCAGCGGGAUGGGAGUGGGCUACAACAUCAACAUCGCCUGGACCGGCGGCGUCGACCCCCCCAUCGGGGACGUGGAGUAUCUCACUGCCUUCAGGACCGUGGUGAUGCCCAUCGCCAACGAGUUCUCCCCGGACGUCGUGUUGGUCUCAGCCGGCUUCGACGCCGUCGAGGGUCACCUCUCCCCGCUCGGUGGCUACUCCGUCACCGCCAAAUGUUUUGGCCACUUGACGAAGCAGCUGAUGAUGCUGGCGGGUGGCCGGGUGGUGCUGGCGCUGGAGGGGGGGCACGACCUGACGGCCAUCUGCGACGCCUCGGAGGCCUGCGUCUCCGCUCUGCUCGGCCUGGAGCUGGAGCCCCUGGAUCCGUCCCUCCUGCAGCAGAAGCCAAACGUGAAUGCGGUGGCCACCCUGGAGAAGGUCAUCGAGAUCCAGAGCAAGCACUGGGGCUCGGUGAAGCGCUUCGCGGCGGCCGUGGGCUGCUCCUUGCUGGAGGCACAGAAGGGGGAGGUGGAGGAGGCCGAAACGGUGACAGCCAUGGCCCUGCUCUCGGUGGGUGCCGAGCAGGGGAGCGCCGACCCCCAGCCCAGGGGGAAAUUGAACCGGGAGAACUGGGGCAGCUGGAAGGAGGUGGAGGGCGGGGUGGGAGCGGACAGUGGUGCCGUUUGUCCCUGCGCUCUGUCCCCAGAGCUGCUGGGCACGGGGACGCCCCCCGCUCUGCCCCCCACCUGCCCCCCGCCGGCCUGGGGGGAGCAGCGCUGUUAG